CUUAUCGGAGUCGGACCAGUAUCACUCGCGCUUCAGACCAAUCGAGUUGGAGGCAUUUCUGGUUACUCUCGAGUUCCAAUUAGGAGGAACAUUAUGUCGAAUAAACAUUUGUUUAUGAAAGCGGGAUUUCCGCGGGCACCCGUUGGUCUCGGGAUCGGACGUUAUGUUUGUCAAUUGCAGAGAGUAACUUUAAAGUUUUGCAAAAGUCACGGUUCGAGUCGAGGAAUGAGAGGGUUUAUAGAGCACGAUUUAGUCGAUUACGCGAAAGAAAAUCCAGGAGUGGUGGUAUACGUUAAACCAAGAAGGCACAGACAUCCGGUGGUAGUCGCCGAAUACCUGAACGGCGAUAGACAAUGGAUGCCGGUUGCUAAUUAUAGUCGGGACGAUAUUGUAAAAUGGAUGGAAUUGUUGCGGACGCAAUUUCACGAUGGUCCUUCGCUAAGAUUGCGUAAACUAUGGCACACGGAGUUUCCAUCGAUUCAAGGACCGUGGACACCGUUUACCUUUAGAAAUCCCAUGUUAAAUCUAGCACAAUUUCCUAAUAAAGAGCUUGGUGCAGCUGUUAAGCUUGCUCCUACAGCGACGGAACAACUUGUCAAAUUGUUCAAGGCUCAGCAGUUGACUGACGACACAGCCAACGAUUCCACAAAAGCUGAUAAAGAUGCCGAACAAGCUUCAGAGUGUGUUCAGAGAGCAUAAUUUUUUUAUGCGUUUUAGUUUAAAGCAGACACCUUAUUUCUAAUUCAUAGAUAAAAGGAGCAGAAUAUUGUAUAAAUAUACAUUGUAUAAAAAGUAUAAUCACGUGUAUUUCAUAAAUGCAAUUGAUACAUGGAAAGUUUUAUCAAGUAUGCGUACAUAAAGUACAACUCUGCAGGAUAUAAUCAUCAAGUAUAUAAUGAAAGAUUUAACACAAUA